GGAAGUACCAGAGCAGCUAUCCAUAGUGCUAAACACAGGAAGAGCGGUAACUUUCGUCUACUACCGUGCAGUGGGUCAAUGCACAGAAACCGUGUGUUGUCCCCAAUUUAUUAUUUACACUGCUUGAUAAUCAGUCAGAAAUCCAGCCACACUGCUCGCAACAAUAUUCUCUGGAUUGGACCUCAUGUAUUGGGCUGUUACUUCCCACCAUGCCACUGCAAGGCCUUUCAUUAGCCCAUGGAAAGCUGUUUUUGCGAAGCCCAGAGCCAAGGAGCCUCCGUGCUGGUGUUGGAAGAUGUCACAGUUAUCAAUGAGUCUCCACACUUUCACAAGAAAGAGCUGUGUACAUCAGGAUAGCAAGCAGGGGAGCACCAUCCCUACGGGAGGAGCGUUGCACACACCUGUCAUGAUAAAAGAGGUGCUGCACUGUUUGGGCCUCAAGCCAGGACAGGUUUUCCUGGACAUGACCUUUGGAGCAGGGGGUCAUACCAAGGCAAUUAUGAAUGCUACACCAGAUGUAACCGUGUAUGCUUUGGACCGUGAUCCUAUGGCUUUUCAAAUGAUCCAGCAGCUAUCUGAAGAGCACCCAAGCAAAGUCAACUCGUUGCUUGGACGGUUUAGUGAGCUAAGAGCACUGCUGUCCCAGCGUGGAGUUGGCCCUGACAGUUUGGAUGGUGUUCUACUGGAUGCAGGCUGCUCUUCGAUGCAGCUUGACUGCCCAGAGAGAGGCUUCUCCCUCAGCAGAGAUGGACCCCUGGAUAUGAGGAUGGAUGGAAACAGGUACCCCGACAUGCCCAACGCUGCUGACGUGGUGAAUGCCUUAGAUCAACAGGCGCUUGCGUCCAUCCUGAGCACGUAUGGGGAGGAGCGGCAUGCCAAGAAAAUAGCUUCGGCGAUUGUGGAGGCACGCAGCAUCUACCCCAUCAGCAGAACCCAGCAGCUGGCCAGCAUCGUGGCAGGAGCGUUUUCCGCCUCUGCCCUGUAUGCCCGUAAAGACCUGCUCCAGCGCCCGGCUCACGUGGCGACCAAGACCUUCCAGGCUCUGCGCAUCUUCGUUAAUGACGAGCUGAACGAGCUGUACACAGGCCUGCAGGCUGCCAGGACCUUACUCAAGCCGGGCGGGCGGCUGUGCGUCCUUACCUUCCACUCUCUGGAGGACCGCGUAGUCAAGCGCUUCCUGCAAGGGACUGACCCAUUCAACCCGCCCAGCCGCAAUGUCCGCAAGAGAGUCCAUCAGGGCAGGGCGUCAGAACCGGAGGAGGAAGAGGAGGAGGCGGCCGCCAGCGCUCACUGGGUUUAUCUGCACAAGGGGGUGAUCACGCCUCACAUGGAGGAAGUACAGGAAAACCCACGAGGACGAUCAGCUAAACUCAGGGCAGCCUGUAAAUUAUAGAGACGAUAGCCUUACUAUUUUAUUUAGCUUCCCUUUUUUUAUUUCAGCGACCGGGAUAGAUCUGUGUAGCUGGAGAUAUAUGAAGACUCAAGUAAUUAUUGUUCUUUGAAAUGUUUUAUUCUUGUCUGCAGAACAAGUGUAAUGACUUAGACUUGUGAUCACACAAGCAGUGAAAUAAAUGGAAAUGCUUUAAAUUGUUGUGAAAUUGAAUUGUAAAGAUAUACAGGAGGUAGUGAAUAUAAACAUGUUAGCUCCAAUGUAAAGUCACUUGAUUUUGGGCUAUCACGUGUGACCAAUGCAGCCUAUAUGCCCGGGUGGCAUAGAGUCUACUACCAGAGUCUACUGCCUGGGAUUCUGAAUUAUGAGAAAUGUGACAUGAUUCUUCCACAAGAAAGUCAAUCAACUCCUCAAGCUUAGUUCAUGGAAGCAGAAAUUGCUUUCUCAGCUAUCAACCUAGAGUAUCCCAUAAAUACUUGAUUGGUUUCAGACAGGGUCACUGAGAAAACUGUAAUGCAGAUAAUGUUGUUGAAGUACUGGUACCAACCUGUAUCUAUAUGUAUCUACCGUUACUUACAGAUGCUGUAUUCCAAAUGGUAGUGCGGUGUAAUUUAUGAAGUGCAAUCAACAGCACAUUACAGUGUAGUAUUUCAUUAUGGUAUAGGACCCUCCCACAUAAUCAACCUUGAUGGAACCAGAGGGGAGGUGGAUACAUGAAAGGUCAAUAAACCGGUAAAAAAUAAAAUAAGCAUGACAGCUGACACAAUUACAAAAUAUGACCAUGCAAAACACUGUUAAUGUGCUCAUGUAAACGUUGGCACUUUCCCAGAAUCUAAAGUUUAUAUUGAGAGUAAUGUUAAAUGAGAGCAUCAUAUGCUUUGGUUGGUUGCUUUUCUGGUAAUGUAUUACAGUACACCAAGGGACCUCACAUUUUCACGAUAUCAGAACACAGUACAAUUUCUUUAAUUAUCCAGUGUAAAGUAAUGACCUAGCUAAAUGAUUUUAAAUCACUGUCAAUCAGAUUCUUAAGCCUUACAAAUCUGCUGUUUUCAGUUUGCCUAGUUAGUGCUACUUUCAAUACUUCUAUUUUUAUGAGUCCUGAAAUGCACAUUAUGAAAUCAGCAGGAGGGUCUUGUAUGUUUCAUCCACACAAGGCAAGGUUGUACAGGGGUUAUACAAGUCUACAAACUAUACAGAACUGUUUGGAAAUACAAUAAAAUUAUACAGCUAAAUAAAUUAUUGAUGGUAAACUUUAUUACUGAGUAAACCUCCAUCCCAUUAAAACUUAGUGUGGUGUGAAUAUUACUACUUCCAGUCAGUGAAAAUAUAAAUAGGCCUUAUUGAUUCUGCUGUUGAUAAAUACAGAGCAAAACAUAUAUUGAUUUAUAAGCUAGUAUAGAUAGCAGUAUUGAGCAAACAAGUAAUUUGUCAGUAUACAGUAUGUAACUAAAAACUAGGCAAAGGACCUUCAUAAAACUUGAGGCACAAGAGGAUUAAAUGGUAUGAAAUUUGUGUUUAUGUAAUCCACAGAUCAUUGAGCAAUUAAAAACCUCAGUAAUUGACUUAUACCAUUACAUGGACCAAAACAUGUUUGAAUUAAUCAGAUUGCAGGAAACUUACCUCAAAAAUGGCAGAAAAUGAAGAAACUGUACAUGCAAAUUGAUAAUAAAUUAUGAAUGAAAUCCAA